AUGAUCUUGCCUGCAAAGGGGAGUUUGAUGGAUCUCGUGCUGAAGGCAUUUGCGAGGACGUGGGACUGGCAGGUGGAAUAUUGCCGGUAUAUUCUCUAUGAGCUACCAACACGCGUGAGAGGGGCGUUGCUAGCGUAUAUUGGGUUGUAUAGUGAGAAAGGCUUGACGCUGCAGGACAUGAGAGCCAUCCUGCUUCCCCCUCCUCCUGUGGUGUACGAGGACGACGAGGACAGUCACUAUGAACAGGAACGACAAGGAGAGUUCCUCCCCCCAGGCGUCGUGAACGACGACUUUUCCUGUCUCGACCUGUCCUGGUCGCUGGGGCGGUCACUCAAGAUCCGCGAGCUGUCAGAUUUCUUAUACCCACCCCAAGCGGCAGCUGUUGUAUCAACGGCUGAUCCUAAAGACUCAUGGGACGCACCUGAUGACGAACCAACGCUCGAGCCGUCAAUACCGGCCGCCCUGCUGCCCAACUUGACACGCUUGUCGCUGGCCCUCGAUCCGGAAUAUGCCCAUAAUGUCUCCUGGCGGCACUUGCUUUCUUUUGCUACCCAUAUGCCGAACUUGACGCACUUGAGUCUGGCGUUUUGGCCGGAGCCAUCACUUACCCCCAACGCAAAAUUGGCUACUAUGGUCACUGCACAGGGGCAGGUGGUUCAAUAUGGAGCCACGGGACCGUACAGUCACAGUUUGGACAACGACUGGACAGAGGCGAUCAUGGUGUUGAACCGGUUGAGCAAGAGUUUGUAUCGGCUCGAGCAUCUGGACUUGACGGGUUGCGGACUAUGGGCUUCGGCGCUGUGGUCGAAGAGCGGACAUGAUAUGGUUGAUUGGGUGGGCGCUUGGGGGAAGGUGGAGAGGAUAGUGAUGUACGCAGGUUAUAAACUGGGGGAGGAGGCAGGGAGCAGUGAGAAGGCGAGGUAUGAGAUGGUGACGGAGAAUGCGAGGAGGGUGGAGAGGCAUGUGAGGGGACGGAGAGCAGAGAAGGGGAUGGGUAAGAGAGGAAUAGUGGUCGAGACUGAUGAAGAGGGAAAGGAGUAA